AUGUCUGCUGCUACUGCUUCCGGCGCUGUUGAUCAGCUCGCCGCCGAUCUCGGCAACACCUCUCUCAACGGUAGCGAUGCGAAGCCCGCCGCCAUUGACACAAACGUCGCUUCCGGCGCCCACGGCGACGAGGCCGACACCGCUGGCCCUACUCCCAGCUCGGCGCAGAACCCUCACCCCGCCGCCUCUGCCUCUCUGUACGUCGGCGAGCUCGAACCCUCCGUCACCGAGGCUAUGCUCUUCGAGCUCUUCUCCCAGAUCGGUUCUGUCGCUUCCAUCCGUGUUUGCCGUGAUGCUGUCACCCGUAGAUCGCUUGGCUAUGCUUAUGUCAACUACAACACUACUUCUGACGGUGAGCGCGCUCUCGAGGAGCUCAACUACACCCAGAUCAAAGGCCGCCCUUGCCGUAUCAUGUGGUCUCAGCGCGACCCCAAUCUGCGCAAGAGUGGUCAGGGCAACAUCUUCAUCAAGAACUUGGAUGCCGCGAUCGACAACAAGGCUCUGCACGACACCUUUGCCGCUUUCGGCAAUAUUCUGAGCUGCAAGGUCGCCCAAGAUGAGCACGGCAGCUCCAAGGGCUAUGGCUUUGUGCACUAUGAGACCGACGAGUCUGCUGCUGCUGCCAUCAAGCACGUCAACGGAAUGUUGCUGAACGAGAAGAAGGUCUACGUCGGACACCACAUUGCCAAGAAGGACCGCCAGAGCAAGUUCGAAGAGAUGAAGGCCAACUUCACCAAUGUAUACGUGAAGAACAUCUCGGGCGAUGCGACCGAUGACGAGUUCCGCGAUCUUUUCGAGAAAUACGGCGAUGUCACCUCUUCCUCGCUGGCUCGCGAUGUUGAAGGCAAGUCGCGUGGCUUUGGCUUCGUCAACUUCACCACCCACGAGGCCGCUUAUAAGGCGGUCGACGAGCUUAACGGUCGCGAUUUCCACGGCCAGGACCUCUACGUCGGUCGCGCCCAGAAGAAGCACGAGCGUGAGGAGGAACUGCGCAAGUCGUACGAGGCCGCUCGCCAGGAGAAGGCAAGCAAGUACCAGGGUGUCAACUUGUACAUCAAGAACCUGGCCGAUGAGGUCGAUGACGAGAAGUUGCGUCAGAUGUUCUCAGAGUUCGGACCUAUCACUUCAGCUAAGGUCAUGCGCGAUAUGUACACCGAGGGUGAAGACGACAAGGAUGGAAAGGACAAGGAGAACCAGAAGGACUCCGGCGACGAUGAGAAGGACGAAGAGGGCGAGAAGAAGGAGAAGAAGAGCGACCGAAAGCUCGGAAAGAGCAAAGGGUUCGGAUUUGUUUGCUUCUCCAACCCCGACGAUGCGACCAAGGCGGUCGCCGACAUGAACCAGCGCAUGUUCGACAACAAGCCGCUGUAUGUCGCUCUCGCCCAGCGCAAGGACGUUCGGAAAAACCAGCUCGAGGCUAGUAUCCAGGCUCGCAACCAGCUCCGAAUGCAGCAGGCAGCGGCAGCCGCAGGCAUGCCCCAACCCUUCGGCAUGCAGCCUCCCGUCUUCUACCCUCCUGGUCAGCAGCCGGGCUUCCCUCCUCAGGCGGGGCGCGGCAUGCCGUUCCCCGGAGGAAUGGCUAUGCCAGCCGUCCAGGGUGGCCGUCCCGGUCAGUUCCCCCCUAAUGCAUACGGAGCUCCCCAAGCCGGUCGCAACGGAGCCAUGCCGCAACAGAUGCCUCCCAACAUGUACAUGCCCGGCCAGUUUCCUCCUGGUGCUCCCUACGGUCAGCCUGGAAACCCGCAGUUCAUGGCAGCGAUGGCUCAGGUGCAGCAAGCUACUCUCGGAGGCGGCCGAGGCGUUCCCGCCGGUCGUGGUCCCAUGCAAGGAAUGCCGAACAUGGGCAUGCAGGGUGCUGGUGGUCCCGGAGGAAUGCCCGGGUACCCGCCCAACUCGCGACAGGGCGGCGCCCCUGGUCGUGGUGGACCGAACAAUAACCGAAACGGUCAGAUGGGUCAAUUCGGCCCUCAGGGUGGACGUGGAAUGCCCAACCAGCAGAUGGGCGGCGCGCCCAACCUGCCGCAGCAGGACUUGACCCAAUCGUCGCUUCUUCAGUCCCAGCUUCAGGCUCACGCUGGCAACCCGGGACAGCAGAAGCAGAUGCUUGGUGAGCUGAUCUUCCCCAAGAUUCAAGCCCUGCAACCCGAGUUGGCUGGUAAGAUCACCGGUAUGCUUCUAGAGAUGGACAACCAUGACCUCGUCAAUCUCAUUGAGGACAACGACUCGUUGAAGAUGAAGGUAGACGAGGCCAUGCACGUCUACGACGACUACCUCAAGAAACAGGGUGGCGACGAGGAGGAGGGCGGAGAGAAGCAGGAGAAGGCUGAGGGGAAGGCAUAA